UGGAAAAGAUCGAAGAUGAACCAGAUGAUGAAGACCGGAGCUGUUUCUGAUCCUCGUUCGAGGCUCAAGUGGGACAUAUUCCUCAGUUUCCAAAGAGACAGAAACCACAGUUUCACGGAUCGUCUCUAUGAAGCGCUCAUCAAGGCACAUGUCCGGGUAAGGAACGGUGACGUGGGACGCAAGGAUCAGAAGCUGGGUCCAAGUCUUGUGGACGCUAUGGAGGAUUCAGUGGCUUUCAUUUUCAUCUUAUCCCCUGACUAUGCCAAGUCUCGCUGGUGCCUUGAUGAAUUAGCCAAGCUCUGCGAUCUGAGAGCAUCGCUGGGUCGUCCUAUAUUACCAAUCUUUUACGAGGUUGAUCCAUGGCACUUACGGAAACAGAGUCCUUUCGAAAAAGACUUUGAAGAGCACGCGAAAAGAUUUGGCGAGGAGGAGAUAGAAAGAUGGAGGGGAGCUAUGAAUGGAUUCUUACACAAACUUAUGAAUGUAGUCGGACAUAUCUCCGGAUUUUUGAUCGGCGAUAUGGAGACCGAAGUCAUCACCAAACCGCACAGACUCAAGUUCGACGUCUUCCUCAGCUUCCGAGGCGAAGACACGCGCCACACCAUCACCGAGCGCGUCUACGACGCUCUCCACCGAAAAGAGAAAGUCCGCGUCUUUCGCGACGACGAAGGUAUGCAACGAGGCGACGAGAUCAACCCGAGCCUCGUCGCAGCCAUGGAAGACUCUGCAGCCUCCGUCGUCGUUUUAUCCCCUCGCUACGCUGACUCUCACUGGUGCCUUGACGAGCUAGCUACCCUCUGCGAUCUGCGAGCAUCUCUGAGACGCCCGAUGAUACCAAUCUUCUACGAGGUUGAUCCCUCUCAUGUCCGUAAACAGAACGAUCAUUUCGCUAAGGACUUUGAAGUACAUGCUAAAAGGUUUAAGGAGGACAAGAUACAGCGGUGGAGGAAAGCUAUGACUUUGGUCGGAAACCUCUCUGGAUUUGUUUGCAAAGAAGACUCUGUUGAUGAUGAGAUGAUAGGGCUUUUGGUGAAGAGGGUUUUAUCUGAAGUGAGCAACACACCAGAGAACGUUGGAGAUUACACCGUUGGCUUGGAGUCACGUGUUGAUGAUUUGAUUAAUCUGGUCGACGUUAAAUCCACCUCUGACGUUCAAAUCCUGGGGCUUCACGGUAUGGGUGGUAUUGGGAAGACGACCCUUGCAAAAGCCUUUUAUAACAAGAUCGUUGCAGACUUCGAGUAUAGAGUUUUCAUCUCAAACGUUAGAGAAAGAUCAUCAGACCGUGACGGCUUACUCAAUCUACAAAAGACUUUGAUCAAGGGGCUUCUCCGUUCGCUACCUGAAAUAGAAGAUGUUAACCGAGGGAGAGACAAGAUAAGAGAGAGCGUUUAUGAGAAGAAGAUUCUUGUGGUUUUAGAUGAUGUUGAUAAAAGAGACCAAGUUGAUGCCUUAAUUGGUGAGAGAAGUUGGUAUAGUGAAGGAACUCUAAUAGUCAUCACUACCAGAGAUGAAGAGAUUCUUAAUAGUCUCUCUGAGAGACAAAAAUAUGAAGUCAGGUGCUUGAAUGAGGAGCAGGCACUGAAGCUCUUUAGUUAUCAUUCACUACGGAAAGAAAAACCAACAGAGAGUUUACUAGAGCUGUCCAAGAAGAUUGUCAAGAUAUCAGGUCUAUUACCACUAGCACUUGAAGUGUUUGGAUCUCUUUUGUAUGACAAGAAGGAGGCAAAAGAAUGGCAAACUCAGCUAGAGAAGCUCAAAAACACUCAACCAGGCAAUCUUCAGGAUGUUCUGAAGCUGAGUUUUGAUUCUUUAGACGAUGAGGAGAAGAAUGUGUUCCUGGAUAUUGCUUGUCUCUUUCUUAAAAUGCAGAUAAAGAAAGAAGAAAUCGUCGACGUACUGAAUGGUUGUGGGUUUAACGCCGAGGCUGCUCUCAGUGUCCUCAGACAGAAGUCUCUUGUUAAGUUCUUGUCAGACGAGAAUCUUUGGAUGCAUGAUCAGAUUCGAGACAUGGGAAGGCAGUUAGACCUUAAAGAAACCCCUGGGGAUACUAGAAUGCGGAGUAGACUCUGGGACCGUGCUGAAAUCAUGACUGUAUUGAACAAUAUGAAGGGAACAUCAUCCAUCCAAGGAAUUGUACUCGACUUUAAAAAGAAGUUAGCAACGGAUCCAAGUGCAGUUGCGUUGGGGAAUCUACAUGACAAUCCAGGCAUCAGAACUGUGUUUAGUUACCUGAAGAAUAAGUUUGUAGGAUUUCCAGCAGAGGAAAAGCCAAAAAGCUCUGAGAACACCAUUCCAGUAGAGCCUUUUGUACCAAUGACAAAGUUGAGACUCCUUCAGAUUAAUCAUGUGGAGCUGGCAGGGAAUCUUGAACGUCUUCCAUCUGAACUCAAGUGGAUACAGUGGAGAGGCUGUCCAUUAAAGGAGGUACCACUGAAUCUUCUUGCUCGGCAACUUGCUGUUCUUGAUCUUGCAGAGAGUGCAAUAAGGCGCAUCCAGAGUCUGCACAUCGAAGGGGUGGAUGGAAACUUGAAGGUUGUAAACUUGCGUGGCUGUCACAGCUUAGAAGCCGUUCCUGAUUUAUCAAACCAUAAGUCCUUAGAGAAGCUUGUCUUUGAACGAUGCAUGCGUCUGGUGGAAGUUCCAAGUUCAGUUGGUAAUUUGAGAACAUUACUUCACCUGGAUUUCAGAAACUGUCCAAACCUCACUGAGUUUCUUGUGGAUGUUUCUGGACUGAAGAGUCUUGAAAAGCUUUACCUCUCUGGCUGUUCAAAUCUGAGUGUCUUACCAGAAAACAUUGGUCUCAUGCCAUGUUUGAAAGAGCUUUUUCUUGAUGCAACUGCGGUAAAGAAGUUACCAGACUCUAUUUUUCGCCUCGAAAAUCUUCAAAAGCUUAGCCUAAAGAGCUGCAGAUCUAUUCAAGAGCUUCCUAUGUGCAUAGGAACAUUGACAUCACUGGAAGAACUAGAUCUGAGUAGCACUUCACUGCAAAGUCUUCCGAGUUCUAUUGGAGAUUUAAAAAAUCUCCAGAAGCUGAGUUUGAUGCACUGUGCAUCCCUUCCAAAGAUACCUGACACUAUUAAGGAGCUCAAAUCACUGAAGAAACUAUUUAUCUACGGAAGUGCAGUGGAGGAGCUGCCUCUAAGCCUAGGCUCACUGCCAUGUUUGACUGACUUUUCAGCAGGAGAAUGCAAACUUCUGAAGCAUGUUCCAAGUUCAAUUGGUGGAUUAAAUUCUCUUCUAGAACUUGAGUUGGAUUGGACACCAAUUGAAACUCUACCAGCAGAGAUUGGUGACUUGCACUUUAUUCAAAAACUUGGGUUGAGGAACUGCAAGUCUCUGAAGGCUCUGCCUGAAUCAAUAGGAAACAUGGACACACUCCAUAGCUUGUUCCUUACAGGCGCUAACAUUGAGAAACUGCCUGAAACUUUUGGCAAGCUUGAAAACCUAGUCUCACUCCAAAUGGACAACUGUAAAAUGAUCAAGAGGCUUCCUGAAUCAUUUGGAGACUUGAAAUCGCUUCACGGUCUGUACAUGAAGGAAACUUCGGUGGUAGAGCUGCCAGAAAGUUUUGGAAACCUCUCGAAUCUAAGGGUAUUGAAGAUACUGAAGAAGCCUCUCUUUAGAAGUUCUCCAGGUACAAGUGAAGAACCUAGUUUUGUUGAAGUACCGAACUCUUUCUCAAACCUCUUGUCACUUGAGGAGAUAGAUGCUAGAGGUUGGGGGAUAUGGGGUAAAGUACCUGAUGAUCUUGGGAAGCUUUCAUCUCUCAAGAAACUAGAACUGGAGAAUAACUAUUUUCACAGUCUUCCAUCUAGUCUUGAGGGGUUAUGGAAUCUUAAAUUAUUUACAUUGUAUGACUGCCAAGAGCUGAAGUGUCUCCCCCCUCUUCCGUGGAAACUGGAGAAGCUAAACCUGGCAAACUGCUUUGCGUUGGAGAGUAUAGCAGACCUCUCAAAGCUGGAGAUCUUGGAAGAGCUCAAUCUCACAAACUGUGGGAAAGUGGAUGAUGUUCCAGGCCUAGAGCAUUUGAAGGCUCUGAAAAGGUUAUACAUGAGCGGCUGCAACUCUAGGUUCUCUGUUGCAGUCAAGAAAAGACUUUCCAAGGCUUCUUUGAAAAUGAUGAGGAAUCUGAGCUUACCUGGGAACAGAAUCCCUGACUGGUUCUCACAAGGCCCUCUCACAUUCUCACCUCAACCCAACAGAGAGCUCAGAGGCGUAAUCCUGGCCGUUGUUGUGGCUCUUAACCAAGACUGCAUAGAUGACUACCAGCUGCCUGAUGUGAUGGAGGUUCAAGCACAAAUUCUAGAACUUGAUUCACCCUUAUACACCCACACAUUGCACCUCUCUGGAGUGCCAAGAACAAGUGAUGAUCAACUCCACAUCUGCCGAUACCCAACUUUGCACCCAAUGGUUUGGACAUUUAGAGAUGGGUACACCAUACAAGUUGUUAAACGAGAACCACCAAUCAAACAAGGCGUUGAGCUAAAGAUGCAUGGGAUUCAUCUUGUUUAUGAAGGGGAUGAUGAUUUUAAAGGUGAGGAACAUGUAUUGAACGAGACACAGCUCACUGUCUCUCAGAAGCUUGCCAAUUUUUUCAGAUCUUUUGACGAAGGUGAAGCCAGCUCAGAAAGUGAAUCAGCUUGAUACUCGCAACAGAUGGUUCAGUACUUCAGUCUCUCUCUUACUGUUAUUGAUGGUGUUUUUAAUUUUUUUUUUUAAAUACUCUUUUCGUAUUUGUAUGAUAAUUAAACCAUAAAACAAUAAUAUGUUGAUGUUAUGGUGUGAAAUGAUUGACAUCAUUGUAUCUUUA